AUGGAAUUAAACAUUGAAGGAAAAUUGUACAAAAUUCUUCAUCAUACAAGACUUCCACAUACUCUUCGCAUUCAGGAAAAAAAGAACACCAUAAGGACAUUAUCUCUUUAUUGUGUUUCAUGGCUGGCUUUGCAUUUAAGUUUAGGGGAUAGAUCGCAAGCCUUCAAACGACACUGUGAAUAA